AUGUAUUUGUUGCUUUGUGGAGAGGAAAUAGGAGGAUGCCGAACUACAGACACUAUUCUUCUGCUGAUGGGUUUUUAUUAUCUUUUUUUUGUAGCCGUCAGCGGUACAAUAAAAAUGGAUUAUCCAAAUCUUGUCAACGGAAGUGUGGGGAAAGAUUUAAUAAUACCUUGCAGUUUUAGAGUUAUUGAUGAUACGCUGACUGGAGAGGCAACUGUGGUUUGGUGGAAGAGUACGGCAUAUACUGGUCCUGUCAUCUACCAGUGUAGCAAUAACUGCAGCAAGUCCGACGGACGCUAUUCCUUCGCGGGAAAUAUAACAGAAAAAAACAUAUCCCUGAAGAUAAGCAUGGUCUCAUUUACAGACACUGGAGUAUACUUCUGUCGGAUUGAACAAAGCGACAAAUUUACAUCCCAGGGAAUUGUACUUCAAGUGAAAGUGCCCAAAGAACUGCGGCGUAUUUAUGUCCAGACCAAUGAGCAGGGGGAGCGCUGGGUUACCUGUGAAGUUUUCGGAGACCCUCCACCAAAUGUGAUCUGGACCCAGCCCAACACGGUGAACCUCUCCAAGAUACUCAACCAGCACGGCAUUUAUUCAUCAUCAUCUUCUGUUCCUGCAUCUCCAAACACUAACUACACCUGCCAGAUAGAUCUAGAAAAACAGAAAGUUGCCCUAUCAAUAUACAACCAGGAGUCUGGCACACUGGCAGCUGCAUGUAACGAACGUGUCUAUAUAACCAUGAUUGUAGUGUUGGCGGUCACAUUGGGAAUUGUUCUCCUUUACCUUCUGUGUGUCCUGGUAAACCUCUUCAAGAGAGGUCAUAACAAACCCUCAGAGAACGAUGACAACGUCUAUCAUAAUUACCCGCGUCUGCCUGACCUAGAUGGAAUCUAUAUGAAUGAAAGAAAGGUUGAAACUAAAACUUCAAAAUAAUUCAUUAAAUAUCAGUAACACGUUACAAGUUAAAAAUCUGGUAUUUAUAAAAGGAUUCAUACAGAUAAUUUAGCAAAAAACAUUUAUUAAGGAACAGAUUUUGCCCUUAAGAAUUUCUCUUAAGAUUAAUUGUAUGUUUUUUUUUCUACUGUUCUUUAUAUUAAAUGUGUACAUAUUUUACUUGGCUUGUGCAGAGGAAAAUUUUAACUAUCUUCAGACGUCAAACCCUAAAAAAGAGUUUUUUUUUUUGUUGUUGUUUUUUUUUUGGCCAGGCAGUGUAUGUUGAGAUAUAUAGGAACAACCUAAGUGCAUUACCCUCACAGCUCUGUAGAUGGCAUCAAUACCCCAUUCAUAAUCUCCUCAAGUUAACCAUGUAUAGUAGUUUAUUUUGAACCUGGUCUUAAAUGAUUUAGCCAUGAAGCUGUGCUAAAAGUUGUAGCUGCGUCUGAAUAAAUACAUGUCUGUCGAAUAUAUAAAAACAAACAAAAGAUUGUUGGAAUAACCCAUUUACAAAGUCAGAGGAAGGUUUUUGAGCAGUAAAUACCAGCCACCCCAUGGGUUAAAAAUGAAUAAAAAUUCAUUAUUGUCUUAUUAUUUGAUUAUUUAAUUGACAUAAUAUUGGAAAUCAAUAAAGUUUUUUAAUAGCAUUAAUUUACAAGUAACAAGUAUACUUUAUAUUUCCCUUGCAUUUGUUUGUUUAAUUGCUUGUUUUUAGUUUCUUUAUUUUGU